GAGCCGUCGGCCCCCCCCCCCCGGCACAUUCGUUCCCUAUCUUGUUAUAACAUAUCCAUCGACGACCGUGCAACCCUUUUGUCCAAUUUAAGUUUUUGACAUCGUGUCUCAGAGCUACUCAGACAAGGACCGCAAUACACGAUGAUCGUCCGGCUGGGGACUUGGGCCGAUCUCGAGGCCAUGACGGCCGUCCUGAUCGCGGCCUCGCCGCUCGACCCGGUCUACCCGUACCGCUUCCCGGACCGGCACCUGUACCCUGCUGAAUUCGCGGCCGUCUGCCGGCAGAAGUGCGUCGAGUACCUCGAGACCAGCACCGUGGUCGUCUGCGAGCUGCCCGUCGACGCCUACGGCUCCGCCUCCGAGGUUGUCGCCUUCAGCGCGUGGGACCUGCCUCUGGCAGCGCAGCCUGCGAACGCCCCCCGCCGCAGCACCGUCGGCAACCUGACACGACAGUCGGCGUUCCGCGCCGCCCUGGCCGAGCACAAGCAGACCCUCUUCGACGCGCGCUACGGCUACGGCGGGCACGUCUUCCUGCGGAUCCUGCUGACCCACCCGCGGCACCAGCGGCGCGGCGCGGGCACCGCGCUGGCCUCGUGGGGCGUCGGGCGCGCGCGGGCCCUGGGCGCCUACGCCACCGUGUUCGCGAGCCCCAUGGGCCUGCGCCUGUACCGGCGCCUCGGCUUCCGCGAGGUGGGGCGGUGCCGCAUCCGCGUCGAGGGCGACGCCGAGACGCUCGAGCUCCCCGCGCUGGCCAGGCCGCCCGGCCCCACGGGCGCCAUGCGCGAAGCCACCGAGGGCGUCGCCGCCAAGCUGGACGGGCUCGUCUGCGGGCGCAGGGUGAGCGAGUGCGCCGUCGGUGGCGGUGGCGGCGGCGGCUGGGACGGGAGGGACGGGAGGGAUGCCAGCACGGUGUGUGGUUGAUGGCGGCGCCGAUGCCGUCGGGUUGUCGCCGUCAUCGGUUCCUUCG